AUGGCGCAUCUCCCUGUAAGGCAGCAUCUCGGUCUUGUUCCGAGCAUCGCUGUGCCGAGUGAAGCGCCCACCUCCCCAGCUAGGCGCGGCCACAAGGACCAGUUCCAGUCAGCGAGAGGGGACCAGCUGCAGGCAGUUCCAGGGAGCCAGGCCCGAGAACAGGUGAGUCAACAGUGCCUCCCCCUGGGUAGGUGGCCUGGCAGCCCACGGGGGACCCGGGUCACUGCUGGGCCAGUCUGGUCCACCCAGUGCCUGGGGGGGACUUGCUAUGUUUGUGUGUGUUCCUCUCUUUUCCAGGUGUUAGUAAAUAUCGGCAACCAUUUUGACCUUGCCUCCAGUAUAUUUGUAGCGCCCAGAAAAGGGAUUUAUAGCUUCAGCUUCCACGUGGUCAAAGUGUACAACAGACAGACCAUCCAGGUCAGUUUAAUGCAGAACGGCUACCCAGUGAUCUCAGCAUUCGCAGGGGACCAGGACGUGACCAGAGAAGCGGCCAGCAACGGGGUGCUGCUGCUGAUGGAGAGAGAGGACAAGGUGCACCUCAAGCUGGAGCGGGGCAACCUCAUGGGGGGCUGGAAGUACUCCACCUUCUCCGGCUUCUUGGUGUUCCCUCUAUAAACGCAGAGCCCGGGAUGGCGGGGAAGCUGCACGCUGGACCCAGGAGCCCGCCCUCCCCAACCCCUGGACUUGGCAGAUCGGGACGACUUGUUUCCAGAGCUCCGUCGGACCGUCUCGGUAGAAUGGUUUCCUUCCAGAUCUCCAGUAUUUUCUUUCGCUCUAGACCAUUCCUCGGGAACCUGGCCUCUAAUUAGCUUUAGACGACAAGGUCUUCAGGAGAAAUGACACUAUGGAUUUGAGCAGUUUGUACCUGUGAUUGUAACGUCGAUCUGGGAUUUCAUUGUUGGGGCCACUGCCCCUUCUGCUUCUGUUUGGACGCUGUAUUGGUUGUCGCCCCGAGGGAGGAGUGCCCACACCUCAGGAUGGACCGCAGGGGGCUGGCCGCGCUCAGAGCUCAGCGCAGAGCCCCCAGCUCGCUGCCCGCCGGCCAGUCCGUGAAAUGUGUCUUCUGUGUGUCUGUCCAGCCUUAAGAAAAAGAAUGGCUCCGCUUUCGUUCUGUGUGUUUCCCGGGAGGAGGGAAGGACUUGGGAGGGGAGGGGGCUUUGUGGACCUGUCAGAAGUGCUUUAUCUGGAGACGCGAGUUUUGCACGAUCGGACUGGACUUUUGUUCUGUACUGUUUGUGUGUGUGUGUUUUUCCCCUCGAAAAGCUUUACUUUGCUUCCCAUGCUCAACUCUCCCUCCUCACCCCCGCUUUUAUUCCUCAUGCUGGGCUGAGGGAGAGAAAUGUGUGCUGAGUUCCUGGAUGAGACCAAACCAAACGAAAGGCACCUGCGUCCCAAGGUGAAAAUGACCAAUGGACAAUUUCGUGGAUUCUUUCAAAGAGAUUCUAAUCUCAGAUGCACCUUUAGAAUGAACAACCUGGAUUUUUUUAAAAAAAUUACUCUCUGGAAUACUCUAAGAACCUGACGUUCCUGGGUGGCCUGGAUCACGGGAGAUGAGAGCAGGCUCUGUGUGCUCGGGUCUCCCGAGUAUGCAGCUUCUUUGCUGAGUGACCUGGGUCUUCCCAGCAGCCUGGUUCAUUGAUUGGGGUCCACUCUGCAGGAGCUCACCUGGGAUCAGGUGCUUCAAAGAAGGCAGGACCAGCCACUCUCCCUGGGAUCCCUUCUGACCCACCCGGGAAAGAGGGGUGUGGACACCCCCCUGUGUGCACCGGGCAGGAAGCCACCUGGAGUCUCAGUGGUUAAAGCAGAGGCACCCUGGGAGCAGUUUCUCAAAUCCUCUCUGUUUUGGCACCUUGUACAACAAUAUUGUUAAAACCCAGCUGAGCGUUGAUGGGUACAGGAUUCCUAUGCCAAGGAGAUGUCACUAAUCCCAAAGCAGUCAAAGAAGAGACCUCAAACCGGAUGUUAAUUUGUCCUUUGUGUAACAAUGUAACCAAAAUAUUGAUGAUAAAAAGUCCUAAUUUAAGAUUCAGAAUAAAUGAGUUUGAUGUC